UAAAAUAUAAUAUUUAAAAUAAUUAAAAAAUCCAGUCACCACGCUUAUACUAUUUUAUUUUUUAUUAGUUUUUUCCCCUUCUUAAAUUUGAAAAAAAUUAUAGUUGACACACAACGUUACAUUAAUUUCAGGUAUACAAUAUAGUGAUUCAGCAACUCUAUAUGUUAUGCUAUGUUUACCACAAGUGUAACUACCCUCUGUCAUCAUACAACACUAUUGCAAUAUCAUUGACUGUAUUCCCUAUGUUAUACCUUUCAUCCCUGUGACUUAUUCAUUCCAUAACUGGAAGACUGUAUCUCCCACUCCCCUUCAUCCAUUUGAUGACACUGUUUUAUAUGUUUCACAAAGUUCUUAAUUCUUCAGUCAUGAUAUUCUACAAAAUAGCUCAGAGAGUUGAAGAAAUGGAAAAGUCAGUGAUAGGGGAUACACGAAACUGGACAGAAGUUCAGGAAUUCACUCUGGAGGGCUUUCCUGCUGUCCAGAACCUUGGAAAGGUUCUCUUCCUGGUACAUCUGCUGGCAUACCUGGCCUCCAUCAUGGGAAAUACACUCAUAAUCACCAUUACCUGGACUGACCAUCGCCUCCAGACACCCAUGUACUUCUUCCUCCGCAGUUUCUCCUUUUUUGAAUGCUGUUUUGUAACCACUGUUAUUCCUAAGUUGUUGGCCAUCUUUCUGUCAGGGAGGCAAUCAAUUUCUUUUGUGGCUUGCUUCACACAAGCCUUUGUCUUUCUUUUCCUGGGAACAACUGUUUUCUUCCUUAUGGCGGUAUUAUCCCUAGAUAGGUACCUGGCCAUUUGCAAACCUCUGUAUUACUCAACCAUCAUGAACCCAAGGAUGUGUUUCCUUCUGGUCACUGCCUGCUUAUCUUUGGGAUUUGUCCUCAUGGUGGUUCCAAUUAUAAUGCUUUCCCAGUCAUCCUUCUGUGGCUCCCAUGUCAUCCCUCACUUCUUUUGUGAUUUUGGGCCACUGAUUCAUCUCUCUUGUUCUGACACCAGAUCUACUGAAAUGUUGGCCUUUAUCCUUGCUUUGUUUAUCCUUUUGACAUCCCUUAUCAUAACCAUCAUUGCAUACAGCAACAUAGUAGUCACAGUUGUGCGACUUCCGUCAGCCAAGGAGCGACACAAAGCUUUCUCCACCUGCUCCUCUCACCUCAUUGUCCUCUCUCUGAUGUAUGGCAGCUGUGUCUUUAUAUACGUGAAACCAAAGCAAACAAACAGGCUGGACUCUAACAGGGAGGCUGCCCUUGUGAACACGGUGGUGACUCCAAUGCUGAACCCUGUCAUCUACACUCUGCGGAACAAGCAGGUCCAUCAGGCUCUGAGGGAUGCUCUGUCCAGGGUUAGAUUGCAGAAAUAG